GUUUCGUAUUUUUUUCUUAACAAAAGGGCAAAAUGAGCUUUUUUGGAAAACUGUUCGGGGGGAAAAAGGAAGAGGUGGCCCCUAGUCCUGGGGAGGCUAUUCAAAAACUCAGAGAGACUGAAGAAAUGUUAAUAAAAAAACAGGAUUUUUUAGAAAAGAAGAUAGAAGAAUAUACCUUAGUAGCAAAGAAAAAUGCGUCGAAAAAUAAAAGAGUUGCACUCCAAGCUCUCAAAAAGAAGAAACGAUUGGAAAAGACCCAACUACAAAUAGAUGGAACCCUUACAACUAUUGAAAUGCAGAGGGAAGCCCUCGAAGGAGCUAGCACAAAUACUGCUGUAUUAGAUUCUAUGAAAAAUGCUGCAGAUGCCCUUAAGAAAGCUCAUAAGAACUUGAAUGUGGAUGAUGUUCACGACAUCAUGGAUGACAUAGCCGAACAACACGACAUAGCCAACGAAAUCACAAACGCUAUUAGCAACCCUGUUGGAUUCACCGACGAUCUGGACGAUGAUGAAUUAGAGAAAGAAUUAGAAGAGCUCGAACAAGAAGGAUUGGAAGAAGACCUGCUUCAAGUGCCAGGUCCCACUCAACUGCCGGCUGUGCCUACUGAUGCAGUUGCUAAUAAACCAAUCAAACCAGCAGCUAGAAAAGUUGAAGAUGAUGACGAUAUGAAAGAAUUGGAAGCCUGGGCCUCAUAAAAUUCCUGAAAUCUGGAAAUUUUUAAACGUAAUCACCCAUCUAAGAUGAAAAUCUUAUAAAUAUAUAGGUAAUAACAGCUAAAAACGUUUCAAUGUAGAUCAAGCUUUUCCUGAAAAGGCGUCUUGCUAAAAAUGUUGAUAAUUUAUAAUUCUCUAUAUAUUGUAUAUUUGCGCUUUAAGGAAAGAUUUCUUAUAGUCAUAGUUCAACCAAACAUUUUAUAAAUUUGAAUAAAAGGGUGUCAGAAUUCUACGUGAAUUUAUUGAAAAAAAAAACUUUCCUUAAAGUUGGCAUAAGAAUAUUUUUUGAAAUUGUGUAAAUAGGUAAAUGUAUGCUAUUACUAAUGGUUUUAAUAUUGGGUUUAGAAGCACCUUAAUUUUAUUUUUAUACAAGGUAGUAACAUUUUUUCAUUGUAAUUUGUUAAAAAAUAUUGUAUAACUUAAAAAAUGGUGUGAUAAAGCAAAAUAUUAUUGAGUGCUCUUUGUCUCAUUUGAUUAAAGAUCUUAUUAAAGAUAAAUAUAUUGGGUAUCUCAGAAUAUGUUAUAGCUUUUAAGUUUUGUUAACUGUUUAUAUAACAAAGGUUUCUUAUGCCAACUAAAAUACCAAUUUCUUUAUUACUAUGGUUCAUUUGAUUGCGUCUAUAUAUCUUUAAUCUGCCAUAAAAAUGUUUUGAAACUAUAGUCUCUGGCGUUUGUGAUUCCGUGGUCUCUCCUGUCGCCCAUACACAACAUAUGUUGUAUAAAUUAUUGUAGCAAUUCCUAUAUGCCGUUUUCAGAUUAAAACUAGUUGUUAGUACAGCGAGAUUUGUUUCCGGGAUAUUUUUUGACAGUUUUUUGUUUUCUUAUAGUUGUUUAAAACUCCUAGUUGAGUUUUAUGAUACUAUUAAAGAAUCUUAAGGAUAACAUGUACUAUGUCAUAAUUAUAAAAUCAAUCCUCGCCUAUAAGGAAGUACUUGGCGGAAGUAGCGUUAAAAUGCUGUAAAAUGUCGUACACGUGAUAAUUAUAAUUGAGCGCAAAUCUAAGGAAACGCGCUGUAUGCUUUGAAAGGUUGGUUUAUAGAGAUCCAGACAGCUAUGUGCAGCUGUAGAUUAAAUGAAGUUAUUAUGAUGAUACGAUAAGACGGAGAAGCUUAUGGGUAAACUAUGAGUUGAAAAAAUCCUUAAAUCGAUAUAAGUAACGGCCUGCAAAAGCUAGACAGUUACAAGGAAAUCUAAUCAAAUAGUUUAUAAUAGUGAUGUUGACUAUGUAAUACAACUAAUACUUAUGCAUAUUCUGUGUUCGAAACAUAAUAUAAUAAGGUGUUUUCAUCAAUGAUCAAUUUGAGUUUUUUACUUGUCAGUGUGUUUGGUACUAAUAUUAAAUACCCAUGAUUAUUGUUCUACAUUCGUUAUCGGUUGGAGAAAUUUCUAAAUUCAGCAGAACAAAAGUUAAUAUUUGUUACGAGAAAUUAGCUACCGUAAAACAGUCAAUUCUCAAUAAAUCCAGUUUGCUUGAUGGAAAAAAAACUUAACCUUUUAUCAGGAAGACUUGUGAGAAGACUGAACUGGAUCGAAUAUUUAUUUUGUUUAUUGUUUUUACUCGACGAAAAGAGUACAAAAAAGUUGUUGAUUUAAAUAAGUAAUUUGUUGAUGUACUAGUGCAAUAUAAAUUUUCCCAAUAUCGACAUAUAAUUUUUAUAAACUUGAGUUUAUAGCACAGAAAUCUAUAUAAGGUUAGUUGAAUAAUGUACAUCUUUGCGACUGACAGCGAUUAUAUUUUGGAACAAGUAAUCAAGGAGUUUGAUUAGUAUUCGUUUUUCACAUGACUUUCUAGUGAUAUAAAAAAUUUUAAUUAGUAAUUAAAAAUUAAAUUUCGUAAAAAUCAAAUAAAAUAUUGUGUUUUAGGAUUUCUCUUAUGGAAACUAUAAUUUGCGGGAAAAAUUAUAUUUUCAUUUUAAAUCCGUCAACAUCCUUAUUACUAUAUAAACAAACCUAUAAGUGUUUCAGUUGAAUACCAAAUUACUGGUUUGAAAAGUUCGUGGCCUGCUAAUAUUUUGAAAGAAGUUUUAUUUUUCAGCAUAAUUUUAAGCGGUAACCAGCAAGAAAUGACUUCAUUUUUGAAAAUAGAUGGAAGUCUAAUUGAUUCAAAUCUAGGAUUUAGGUGAGCAUUCCAGCAUUUUAUAGUGUAGAUCCACAAAUUCCCCCACUAACAAGACUUUUUGUGGACAGUUUCAUUGUUCUGAUGGAAAAGAAUUAAUGAUGAUUUCAAGAUCUUUUCCGCCGAUGACACCGUCCUUGCAUUCUUUUAGAUUAAAGAAAUGUCUUUUAUCAACUGCUUAAACUGCAGUUUGGUUUCGGGAGGAUAUGAUAGGUUUUUUUCACCUUGUGGAAAAUUUUACACAUGUGUGACUUUCAACAUGUGUGAAAAACGUACAUGUGUGAAAAUUUUCCACCUUGUGGAAAACUUUGUAAUGUUCAAUUCCUGGUGUAAGUUGUGACCAACACAUUACGAUGCGCAUAUUUAUAGAUGAAAACAAAUACUGCAGUCAACCGCUGUCUGGAAUAACAUACAAUUUUAAAUGGUAUCUACUAACACGUGUACCAACGGGGAGAAACCAUUAGAAUUGCAUUCCGUUUGGUCAGUUAAUGAGAAUGGAGACCUAGUAAAUUACAGGGCGCAAGACCAAAAGAAAAUCGACGGAAAAUGUGGGACGAUAAAGUCAGAACCUGCAGAAGAUCGGGGCGGGCCCAGCAAGAUUGGGCGCAUAGUUUGGACGAGGCCAAGGUUCGUCAUUGUAGAGAGAGAGAGAGAGAGAGAGAGAGAGCAUUGCGACUUCUGAGCGAGUUCAAGAACUUAUCAGACCGCAUUAUUAAAUCAUAUAUAAUUGGAUUAUUAUUCAUUUGUUCCCUGUACAAUUGUUUUUCAUACUUUUUCAGAGAAGCUUUUUAUCUAGUAUUAAACCAUGAUUUUUUUUUAUUAAUUGAGUACACACAUUUAGCGCGUUUGCAUACUACGAGACACCCAGUAUAUAAAAUAUGCAUUACAGUGUUUUUAUUUGGACCUUGUGUACCUGUAACCAACAUUCACCAAAUUUUGUUUUGUAAUUAAGCUUUUAAAUUGAAAUACAGUAAUAUAUUUUGAUUCAC